AUGACUAGAAAAGUGUCUGAAAUUAGACGGGAUUCCGAAGAACAACUGUAUGAAGCCUUUUUGAAAAACAGCAAGACAUAUUUCGAGGAGAACUUUACAUCACGAGCCGAAAACAUUCGCGUUGAUAUUGAAGAUUUCGAUGUUUUGGCGAAACUGGGAGCUGGUGCAUUUGGCAAAAUUUUUCUGGUGCAACAUAAAUUAAGUAAGAGCUAUUAUGCUUUGAAAGUUUUGAAAAAGAAGCUAUUGAAGCGCACUAAGCAGAUUGAUCAUACGUUAACAGAAAAACGUGUCAUGCAAACAAUGAGACAUCCUUUCAUGGUAGGUAUGGAGUUUCACGCCGUCGACAACUGUAAUGUUUAUUUCGUUAUGCCAUACAUGCACGGUGGAGAUUUAUUCGGAGUCCUUAAUAAAUACAGAAAGUUUGACGAGGAUAUGACACGAUUUUAUGCGUCUCAGGUAUUUUUAGCGCUAGAGCACAUGCAUUAUCUGGAUGUCGUUUUUAGAGAUUUAAAACCAGAAAAUAUAUUGGUCGACCAUGAUGGCUAUAUUAAGCUUACGGAUUUCGGAUUUGCAAAGCUAAUUAAAGGAAGAACAUUUACAAUUUGCGGAACACCAGAAUACAUCGCUCCCGAAUUGAUUAUGAUGAAAGGAUAUGGAAUGUCCUGCGAUUGGUGGUCUUUUGGUAUCCUUAUAUAUGAAUUGACCGCCGGUAUAGUACCAUUCAAAGAUAAAGGCGAUCCGCUUAAACUGUACAGCAAAAUUGUUGAUGGAAGAUUCCCAAUGAUUCCAAGUUUUAGCAAAGAACUGAAAGAUUUAAUGUUCGAUUUGCUUGAAAUUAAUGUUAGCAAAAGGAUUGGUUGCUUAAGAAACGGCCCUACGGAUAUAAGACGACAUCCCUGGUUCCGCAACGUAAAGUGGCUUGAAUUAUUUAACAAGAAGAUCAAGGCUCCUUAUAAACCUCCACCGCCAAAUAUUGAAGCUUUAAUGACUAAAGCUUUUAAAUAUGCUCCUAAAAUCUCAAUAGAUCUCGAUUAUGUGGAUAGUGGGUUGCAAUUUAACGAAUAUUGACCCAUUUACAAAAAAACGUAUGUUUCUGUUUGCUUCUA